CGCUUUGUCAUUUUUUUCUUGCAUCAUCUUUUGUCAAGUCUGUCCGGUUCGAAGUGGCCAAUGCAUUGUAUUUCUAUUACACGAUUUGAGUUCAUCAUCACCAAUAGUUCGAUACUGGUCGGGUUCCUUGAUUCACGGAGUGCAAGCCAAUUAAAUACGAAGGAAGGAUUGCCUACUCCUAACAUUGACAUUUCUUUUAAAUAGUACAUAGUCUGCAGCAAGAGAAACAUUAAUAAUUAAAUCUGAUCAAAAAAUUAUAAUGGCACAUCCUACAAAUGCUAAUUCCUUAAUAACGAGAUCUGUAAUUCCAAAGGUUUCAACUGUGCAAAUAAUACCUAAAACGAUGUCGCUUCUAAUUAAACCUCAAACUCUUGCAUAUGCUUCUGUCAUAACUUCCACAAGAGGCUCGACACAAUAUCUAACUACAAGUGUACCUUUAGAUUCUUUACCAAAUAAAUCAGGUUCUUUUAGAAUCCAGCCUCAGGCUAUAACCUACGAAAGUCCUUCUAUUACAGGUCCCAUAAUAAAUUCUAUGCAAGAUAGGCCUACAAUUGUGCCUUCAUUGGAUUCUUCGAUUACAGAUUCAUCAGAGGAUGAAAAAAAGAAUACUUCUGUUUUUAAUAAGGAUGGCCAUUUUAUUUGGAACCACAAAACCAUAAUGUUGUUUUUCACAGAGUAUGAACAACAUGAGAAAAAGUUGCAAAAAAAGAAAUAUCAAAGUAAAGAAGCUAUGUUUCAAGCAUUAGCAGAAUCAUUUCAAAAAAAAGGUUACGUGAAUGCUACCAAAAAUCACAUGAAAAAUAAAUUUAAAUUAUUGAAGAAAAAAUGGGACAAGUAUAUUCUACGGACUAUGAGAAAAAAUAGUUCUGGAAGAGGCAUAAAACCUCUUUCAUAUGAAAAUGAAAUGAUAAGCAUAUUUGGAAAAAGUCUCAGUGGAGUGCCACCUUAUGUAACUGGCCACAACGAAAUUGUUUCUCAGAAAGUAAUUUUACAAAAAGUUGGUCAAACUUCAUCUGAGAAUGAAAAUGAAGAACAAUCAUCUAUCAAAGUACAUUCACCAUUUUCGAUACUAUCAGCGAUUAGUAGCAAAUCACAAUCAGUGGCGAAUAGCGAUAGAUCAUCUAUGACGAAUAGCAACUGUUCAUCUUUAAUAAAUACGAAAGCAAAAAUACGAGAUGGCAAAUUGUCGUUUAUUCUGCAAUCAGUCAGGGAAUCUAUUUGUAAUAUGCAACAAGAAGAAAAUGAUGCCAAACACGAAAUAUGCACAAAAAUGUUGGUAGAGCUUCAAAAAUGUAAUGAACGCUUGAAUGUAAUGAAUGAAUUACAAAAAGAACGAAAUAUCAUUUUGCAAAAGCAACUUCAGUUACUAGAGAGACUGGAAAAGAAAAUGUACCUAACGCAAAAAGAAUUAUCAGAUGAAGAAUUAUAAGACUGAAAAUAUUACUCUAUAUAUAUAUAUAUAUAUAUAUACAUAUAUAUAUAAGACAAACAUAAUUUAUGUACAGAUAGUUACUUCUCUAUAAAGCUUAUGAUGAUGUAAA